AUGCCGGGUACCAAAUGUCAAUACUUUAAUUGUUUUAAAACAACAACACAAUUCCCCAAUAUAUCAAUGUUUCGAAUCCCAAAAGAUGAAAGACGUGAAACUUGGAUAAUUAAUUCUGGAAAUUUAAGUUUAUUGUCACUAGACGAAAAACAGUUGUACAAUCGUUACAUAUGCCAGGAGCAUUUUUCUCCAGAUUAUUUUUUAAAUUAUAAAAACAACAAAUUGAAAUCAAAUGCAAUUCCUUAUAAAUACAAUUCAGACAAAAGCCCAUCUACAUCUUCUGCAGGUAUAGGUGAUGAAGAUGUAGACAAUAUCAACAAACCAUUAACUCCGACUAAAACUUACGGAAGAUCCAGAAAUGAAAAGACUGAGCUUAUAUUUCCAAGCCCAUCUUCUACUACAGAUACCCCUAAAAGAAAAAUUAUAAAUGACUUAAUAAAUAUGCCAACACCAAAUUCAAAAAGGUUGAUUUACUCGGAUGAAGAUGACACACCAAGAAAAAAAAAAGUUAAAAUUAAAAAUAGAUCAACAAAAAAUUAA